AGCGGGAAGAUGGAGGGGAGGCGGCGGCGGUGGAGCGGUUGCUGAGCGGUUGCUGAGGGGGAAGCGUCAGUGGCCGACCCAGAGUCUCUGGCUUCCCCUGGCGGGAGUUGGCAGCGUCCCUUGCAGGCCGUUCCUGGAUCGCUUCAUUAUGUAGGCGGCUCGGUAGACGGACAAGAAGCAACUGGAGUCAUGGCUACCACGGCAGAGCUGUUCGAGGAACCCUUUGAUGUUGAUGAAUACAUUGAGCGCCUAGCGUGGAGGACACCAGGUGGAGGUUCCAGAGGUGGAGCAGAAGCCUUUGAUCCAAAAAGGCUUUUGGAAGAAUUUGUGGACCACAUUGAGGAACUGAAGAUGCUGGAUGAACGCAUCCAAAGGAGGGUGGAGAAACUGGAACAACAGUGCCAGAAAGAAGCGAAAGAGUUUGCUAAGAAGGUUCAGGAAUUACAGAAGAGCAAUCAGAUUGCUUUCCAACAUUUCCAGGAGUUGGAUGAACAUAUCAGCUAUGUCGCUACAAAGGUUUGUCACCUUGGAGACCAACUGGAGGGAGUAAAUACUCCAAGGCAACGGGCUGUAGAAGCACAAAAACUGAUGAAGUACUUUAAUGAGUUCCUGGAUGGAGAGUUGAAGUCUGAUAUUUUUACCAAUCCAGAAAAGAUUAAGGAAGCAGCUGAUAUUAUUCAGAAGUUGCAUCUCAUUGCUCAAGAAUUGCCCUUUGAUAGAUUUGCCGAGGUGAAGUCAAAAAUCGCAAGUAAAUAUCAUGAUUUGGAAUUACAGUUAAUUCAGGAGUUCACAAAUGCCCAGCGGAAGAAUGAAAUUUCUAGGAUGCAUGAGGUCGCAGCAGUUUUACUCCAUUUUAAGGGUUAUUCUCACUGUGUGGAUGUGUACAUAAAACAAUGCCAGGAGGGUUCGUAUUUCAGGAAUGAUUUAUUUGAAGAUACAGCCCUGUUGUGCCAACGAGUAAACAAAGAAGUUUGGGAAGUCUUCAGCAGCCCAGAGAAUGUGAUGGCCAAACUUAUUCAAAACAUUUUUGAGAUUAGACUUCAGAGUUUUAUCCGAGAUAGAUUAGAAGAGAGUAAAAAGUCUGAUGCAGAACAGUAUUUAAAGAACCUGUAUGAUCUGUACACAAGGACCACAAGUCUAGCGAGCAAAUUAGCAGAGUUCGAUCUUGGCACUGAUAAACAGACAUUUCUGGCUAAAAUAAUCAAAGGCAUUUUCAUUUCCUACUUGGAAAAUUAUAUAGAAAUUGAGACUGGCUACUUGAAGAAUAGAAGUAGUAUGGUAUUACAGCGUUAUUAUGAUUCCAAAAACCAUCAAAAACGUGCUUAUGGCACUGGAGGUAUUCAGGAUCUAAAGGAGCGAAUUCGCCAACGUACCAACCUACCACUUGGACCAAGUAUUGACACACAUGGUGAGACUUUCCUGUCACAGGAGGUGGUUGUCAAUCUUUUGCAGGAGACCAGACAGGCCUUUGAAAGGUGUCAUAGGUUAUCUGACCCUUCUGAUUUACCAAAGAAUGCUUUUCGAAUAUUUACUAUUCUAGUGGAGUAUUUGUGUGUUGAACAUAUUGAUUAUGCGCUAGAGAUUGGACUUGCAGCAAUCCCAUCUACAGAUUCCAAGACUUCAAGCCUUUACUUUUUAGAUGUUGUACAACAGGCAAAUACGAUAUUUCAUUUGUUUGACAAGCAAUUUAAUGACCACCUCAUGCCACUAAUAAGUUCUUCUCCAAAGCUUCCUGAGUGCUUACAGAAGAAGAAAGAGGUGAUCGAACAGAUGGAAGUUAAACUAGAUACAGGCAUUGACAGGACUUUGAAUUGCAUGAUUGGACAUAUGAAGCACAUUCUGUCUGUUGAACAGAAGAAGACGGACUUCAAACCAGAGGAUGAAAACAACGUAUUAAUUCAGUAUACCAAUGCCUGUGUCAAAGUCUGUGGCUAUGUUGGAAAGCAAGUAGAAAAAAAUCGAAAUUCAAUGGAUGGGAAGAAUGUGGACACUGUUCUAACAGAGUUGGGAGUUCGUUUCCACCGCUUAAUUCAUGAGCACCUCCAGCAGUAUACCUACAGUUCAAUGGGUGGCAUGCUGGCUAUCUGUGAUGUUGCUGAAUAUCGGAAGUGUGCCAAAGAGUUUAAGAUCCCCUUGGUGUUACAACUUUUUGACACGCUCCAUGCACUCUGUAAUCUUCUGGUCGUAGCACCUGACAACCUUAAGCAGGUCUGUUCUGGAGAGCAACUAACUAAUCUUGACAAGAACAUCCUUCAUGCCUUUGUGCAGUUACGGUCUGACUACAGAUCAGCGCGCCUUGGUCGUCACUUCAGCUGAAAUCCUUGACAUUAUGAAAUCGGAAUAUUGUGUCAGAGCUUGACCGAGAGUUUUGUGCUUAGGCUGUUUGGAUCUUCGGAAGCUUUAAACACAGGGUAUUAAACACAACCCCUGUUACAUAGCCAUUUACAAAUGUAAUUGAUGGUAAAUGGGUAACUUCACUAAAGAUCAGCCAUUAUUGAACUGUUUCAUUUGGAAAAAGAGGCUACGUUAAUUCAAGCUAAAUACAAGUAAUAUUUUUGCACAAUUUAUGCUCUAACAAUAACUUAUCCUGAGCUGAACCUCUCAGAAGCCACUAAUGUAACUCAAGUUUUGCAUAUGUUGAUGCAUUCAUGUUUAUAAAUUCAAUCAGGGAGGUUGUUGAAGCACUGAAUAUUAAGUUCUACCUUCAGUUUAAUAAACACUUGUUUCAGAAAUGUAUAAUGUUUUAUCCAGGUAGGAUGGAUUUACAUCCUCUUGCUGUACGCGGAGGUAGCACUAUGUUAAUGCUAUACUUGUUUUAAUACAGGUCUUUGAUUAAUCAGCUAUAACAGCUGCCUCUGCAUUUGAAAUGUAGUCACUAUUUCAUGGGAUAUUUUCUUGAACUGAGAGUGAUAUGUGUGGUUGAGGAGAAUGUAAUGCAGCCAUUCAUAUGUAAGUUAAUGCAGCAAAUUUUAGUUAUUAAUGAGCUCUGCCGGUAGUGCUCUGGUAAAUAUAUAUUCCCUUUGCCAUCCGAGGUUAUUGUUCUGCACUGUGGCAAUAAAUGCAUGAUUACUGAAGGAGAAAGGUGAAGUGAGAAUUUUGAAAGUCUCUGGACUGCAAGUUGUAGGAGGGAAUGAAUUUGGUUUUCAGUGUUGGUCAGUUUUAAUCGCAUUUGCCAUAAAAAAUAAACUGAAGUAAUUUCAACAAAAAUGAUUUUUGUAGAUCAUUUCAUUGUUCAUUGAACAGAUUUUGAUUGUCCAUGUGCUGGCAUUAACUGCAAACAGAACUGGUUGGUAACUUUCAUAUUUUGUAAUGCUUCUUCUUGACAUUCUCUAAUAUGGAUUUUGUUUAUACCUGAAGGUUUAUAUUGUCAUUAUUUUAUGUGCCUGCAUGCGUUGAAGUAUUCUUGAUUUAAGAACAAAAAGUUAGAAACAGUAAGUGAUGGAAAAACUGCAGAGUUCUUUCACUGGUGAAAAAAAUGUAAAUAUUGCUUCUUCAUUAAACUGCCAAUGACCUUGUA